GUGGGUGUAUCUCCUGCAGUGCAUUCUGGGAAAGUCACUGCGGCCUCCGCUUUGUUUCCGGCCCAAGUGCCCGGCAGGUUUCCCGAGGGUUGUCAGCGGCACCUUUACUGCCUCUUUCGGUUUUCGGGUCGGGCGGGGGUCCUACCGUCGCUCGCCGACGCCGCCGGCAUGUCUGGGGUGCGCGCUGUGCGGAUCAGCAUCGAGUCGGCCUGCGAGAAGCAGGUCCAGGAGGUGGGCCUGGAUGGCACGGAGACGUACCUGCAACCCCUGUCCAUGUCGCAGAAUCUGGCGCGUCUGGCCCAGCGGAUCGACUUCAGCCAGGGCUCGGGCUCCGAGGAGGAGGAGGCGGCGGGGGCCGAGGGCGACGCGCAGGACUGGGCGGGCGCCGGGUCCAGCGCGGACCAGGACGACGAGGAAGGUUUGGUAAAGUUUCAGCCUUCCCUUUGGCCUUGGGACUCAGUGAGGAACAAUUUGAGAAGUGCCCUGACAGAGAUGUGCGUUCUCUAUGAUGUUCUCAGUAUUGUUAGGGAUAAAAAGUUUAUGACUCUUGAUCCCGUCUCUCAGGAUGCACUUCCUCCAAAACAGAAUCCUCAGACGCUGCAGCUGAUCUCUAAGAAGAAGUCACUUGCUGGAGCAGCACAGAUCCUGUUGAAGGGGGCGGAAAGACUGACUAAAUCCGUGACUGAAAACCAAGAAAAUAAGCUACAGAGAGACUUCAACUCUGAGCUUCUGAGAUUAAGGCAACACUGGAAACUCAGGAAAGUUGGAGAUAAAAUUCUUGGAGAUCUCAGCUACAGAAGUGCAGGAUCUCUUUUUCCCCAUCAUGGUACAUUUGAAGUAAUAAAGAAUACAGAUAUUGAUCUGGAUAAGAAGAUACCUGAAGAUUACUGUCCCCUGGAUGUUCAAAUUCCUAGUGAUUUAGAAGGAUCUGCAUAUAUCAAGGUUUCAAUUCAAAAACAGGCUCCAGACAUAGGUGAUCUCGGCACAGUUAACCUCUUCAAACGACCUUUGCCCAAAUCUAAACCAGGUUCCCCACAUUGGCAGACAAAAUUAGAAGCAGCACAAAACGUGCUCUUGUGUAAAGAAAUUUUUGCGCAGCUCUCUCGGGAAGCUGUUCAAAUUAAAUCACAGAUCCCUCACAUUGUGGUGAAAAACCAGAUUAUCUCUCAGCCCUUUCCAAGCUUGCAGUUAUCUAUUUCUUUGUGCCAUUCUUCACAUGAUAAGAAAUCCCAGAAAUCUGCUAGUGAGAAGCAAAGUCCAGAGGACCAUCUUUAUGUCCUAGAGCAUAAUUUGCAUCUACUAAUGAGAGAGUUUCAUAAACAGACCUUGAGUUCCAUCACGAUGCCUCAUCCAGCAAGUGCACCUUUUGGCCACAAGAGAAUGAGACUUUCGGGUCCUCAAGCUUUUGAUAAAAAUGAAAUUAAUUCAUUACAGUCCAGUGAAGGGCUUCUGGAAAAAAUAAUUAAACAGGCAAAACAUAUUUUUCUGAGGAGUAGAACUGCUGCCACCAUUGACAGCUUAGCAAGUCGCAUUGAGGAUCCGCAGAUACAAGCUCAUUGGUCGAAUAUUAAUGAUGUUUAUGAGUCUAGUGUGAAAGUUUUAAUCACAUCACAAGGUUAUGAACAAAUAUGCAAGUCCAUUCAGCUGCAGUUGAACAUUGGGGUUGAGCAGAUCCGAGUUGUACACAGAGAUGGAAGAGUGAUCACACUGUCCCAUCAGGAGCAGGAGCUGCAGGAUUUCCUUCUGUCUCAGUUUCCUUUUCUUUCACAGAUGUCACAGCAUCAGGUGCAUGCAGUUCAGCAGCUAGCCAAGGUUAUGGGCUGGCAAGUGCUGAGCUUCAGUAAUCAUGUGGGACUUGGGCCCAUAGAGAGCAUUGGCAAUGCCUCUGCCAUAACUGUGGCCUCCCCGAAUGGUGACUAUGCCAUUUCAGUUCGUAAUGGCCCUGAAAGUGGCAGCAAGAUUAUGGUUCAGUUUCCCCGUAACCAGUGUAAAGACCUUCCAAAAAGUGAUGUUUUACAAGAUAGCAAAUGGAGUCAUCUUCGUGGACCAUUCAGAGAAGUUCAGUGGAAUAAAAUGGAAGGUCGAAACUUUGUUUAUAAAAUGGAGCUGCUUAUGUCUGCACUUAGCCCUUGUCUACUAUGAUUUUUUCCAGAACAGUUUUCAGAUUAUUUUUUCCAGUGAGGUUUCCAGAAACUUGGACAUGAGAUGUUUGCAGAUCAACUAUAAGCAGAAGGAAGAGAAAUCUUCCAAAGGAGUAUUGUUUUAAAAAAGUAAUAACGAGCAAGUGUUUACCAAGCAUUUUGAAACCUUUCACUUUAUAAGUGACAAGUGCUUUGAAAUGCAGAAGUUUAUGUACAGUUAUAGAGUAUACAGUAUGGAAAGAUGUAAAAUAAUACAUUUUUUUAUGCAGUUAACUUGAAAUGUUACUUAUGGGUUUGAACUUAGUUUUUAAAAUAUUCCUUUGAUGUUGACAUCAAAUAAAGCAUAUGGUUAAAAAUCCCAGACGCUUUCUGAACUCUUAACAACCUAAAUGAAUUGUGUCUUUACUUAACUCGUCUUAUUCCACUAUUUGUUAAAAAGAUUGCUUAAGAAUAUUUAAAUACUCGUAUGACCCAGCUUUCAUCCAGGAAUUCACUCACAUGGGGAGAAGCAGAUCCUUCCCUGAAGCGUAACCAAGUACCUGCCAACAUAAGGAGCCUCUCCUCCCCUCCGCACCAGAGCUGUUAAAGCAUGCUCUUGUGUUAAUGAAGUACACCCCCUCCAGCUGUCUUCUUGAUGCAUGCCUGGGUCUAACCUAAACAGGUACAUUGAGAACUUCCUCAGAAAGUACCAGCUGAAUGUGUGGAAGGCAACAGAUUGUUAUCUUUAGGGCUUCCUCAGUCCCUUUUGGGGACCCAUUUGAAUGAUCUCACUCUGCUUGCAACACUUAGUGUCUCGCCCUGCCCUGGGAUUCUCUGGCUUCCGCCCAGGGACCCGGGAUUGCUUCUUCCAGUUAAAGACUUGUCCUGUUUUAUUCCACUAGCUCUCUGCUUUCUCACGGGGAAGAUACUAAUGGGUUAAUGGAUUACAUUUUGCAAAUAACAUGUUUGAACUUCUUGGAAAUAGUGCCCCAAUCCUAAAAUGUGCCUGAGGCGGCCCGGGUUGGGAUCCCGGUGGGCGGGCACCGACACACCACUUCUCCGGCCACGCUGAGGCCGCGUCCCACCUACAGCAACCAGAAGGAUGUGCAACUACGACAUACAACUAUCUACUGGGGCUUUGGGGGGCAAAAAAAAAAAAGGAGGAGGAUUGGCAAUAGAAGUUAGCUCAGAGCCCGUCUUCCUCAGCAAAAAGAGGAUUGGCACGGAUGUUAGCUCAGGGUUGAUCUCCCUCACAAAAAAAAAAGUGAGGAACUUCCCUUAAUAAGAGACUUAGGCUUAUAGGACCUUUUGGUACCAAUAUCGAUAAUAUAUAGGUAAUGGUUUCCUUAUGAGUAAGGCUUUCAAUUUUUAAAAGAUACCCUUCUUAUAAGGUGACUAUGAAGUAACUUUUAAAAAGUCUUUUGUGUUUCUCCACCUUUUUUCUCUUCAAAGAAAAAUGGAACUUGUAGGCUAUAAAGUACCAUAACACCUUCGGGUUUGUGUUUGCUUUUUUUCCCUUCUGAUCGAAGUUCUGCGUCUUUCUAUCCAUGAGAAUUAAAAGAAUUGGUAUGAAUCUGCAAUUAAUUAUUUAAAAGUCAUUAGUACCUCGUAAGUUUUGGUGGCCCACAAAAGUUGCCUUAGCAAAUUUUACUAAGCUGAUCUGUACAGUUCUACUCACAUACGGAGUCUCUUAUGUGACUUUGCAGGCCCACGCUGUAGUACAGUGAAUCUCAGACUUUUGCCAAAGGACUAGUUUUUGUUUUUUUUAAUUUCCAUUUGUUGCAGAUUGAUACUUCUUUGAUAAAAUAUAAUAAAAAUGAAUUACUAGAAAAAUUAAAUUUAAAAAACAUACAAAAGCCCCCCCUUUAAGUGGCUGUCAAAUAUAAACAUUUCUGAAUGCUUUAUUUUCUGUUUCUAUGAUUAUCUUGUCAUAAACCAGUAACAGGACCACGUCUGAGUAGAACAGAUGAGAAUACAUGCACAGAUAUUACCACCUGUUCUUCUAAACGUCAUCUGAGUAGACUGUAAUAACUGAAGACUGACAUGAUCUUCAUAUGCCUGCCUUUCCCCAUUUUAAGUCGCUGUGUAGUGAAUAGCCAUUACCCACUGAAAGAAUAGUGGAAACUAAAGUAAAUGUGGGGAGAAAUGGCAGCUCAGUUGCUGUGCAGCAAAUCUUGUGCCUUGUGUGUGUUUACAUUUUCCAGCUUAAUGUUUCAACCUGAAUCACCUGGAGUUGGAAGGAUGUGCUGUGAACUUGGGAGACAGGCUGGUGAAAACGAGUUAGUCCCUCACCAAGCAAACAGGUUGGUAAAAGCUGUGUUGGAAUGUUGGCUCCCCUACUGCUUAGCUGUAUCAGCUUGGCAAGGUCACCCUCUCUGACCUGUUUCCUGAUGUAUCAAAUGGGGACAAGGAUGCCUCUGCUAACCUCAGUGGUGAUUCAAAGCUUUCAAUGUGGUUGAUAAUGGAUAUUAAAUUCUAAAGUGCUAUGCAAAUAUAAAGCAUUAAGUAACUGUUUUAUAAAAGUCAAGCCAAUUAGAAGUUGGAAAAAUAGUUAAGACACCAGCUUUAUUUUUAUUUAUCACUAGGAGAAAGCGUUUCAGAAAGUCCUGCGAUGUUCAAAUUUACAGAUGGUAAAGACAAUAAGUGCGUUAGUGAGUAGGAAGAUUUUAGUUUGU